AUGCUGCAUGCUGUGCCACGGCGCAGUCUCCUGACCCUAGCGAUUGAAUCCUCCUGCGACGAUACAUGCGUCUCAAUUCUGUCCAAAUCCACGACUCCUGCCCCUUCUGGCUGCGUUCAAGCACAUCUACUCUUCAAUGAGAAGGUCACUCUUCGAAAUACUGGCAAGGGUGGCAUAUGGCCUCCAGAAGCGCUGAAUAGCCACCAACUACACCUUGCCAAAUUGAUCGACACAUCUCUUCCCUUUCUCCCCGAGGCGGAUCAGUCUUCGCCAGUGGAAAAGCAACUCCGACUCAGAGAUGGACAGAUUAAGGAGAAACCUGACUUUGUUUCCGUUACACGAGGUCCGGGGAUGAACCAGAACCUUGCCGUUGGUCUUAAUACUGCAAAGGGACUUGCUACGGCAUGGCAAGUACCAUUGCUGGGGGUCCAUCACAUGCAAGCCCAUGCCCUCACACCGAGGCUUGCCAAUGCUAUAGAAAGGCAUGAUGCGAGAUCUUUGCAGCCAGAUUUCCCCUUUUUGACAUUAUUGAUCAGUGGCGGACAUACCAUGCUUCUCCAUUCGAAGAGCUUGCUCGAGCACGAGAUUCUCGCUUCAACUUCCGAUACAGCUAUAGGAGAUGAGCUGGAUAAGUGCGGGCGCAUGUUGUUACCUCUGGAAGUCCAACAGAAUGCGCCUGAUACUAGCUUUGGGAAAUAUCUCUCGGCUUAUGCGUUUCAAAGUCCGGCGGAUUUCGAAUCCUGGAGCGUACCUCGGAAUCGUCAGGAGGAAAUCGAACGGCCACCGAACAACUUUGGUUGGAGCAUAAUGACUCCCAUGGCCAAGAACCGAGAUUUGGCCUUCAGCUUCUCGGGCAUUUCGAGUCAGAUCAAACGAAUCGUGGCUGAUCGUGACGGUCAGCAUGGCCGAACUCCCAUGAGUAAAGAGGAGAGGGUUUUACUUUCUCGAGCAGCUCUAGGCACCGCAUUUGAGCAUCUCGGUUCUCGGACCAUCAUCGCGCUUGCAAGUCUUCGAGAUCAGGGAGUACAAAUAUCAACGCUGGUGGUCAGCGGGGGAGUCGCUGCGAAUGAUUUUUUGCGCGUGCAUCUACGUCGGAUGCUUGACCUACGAUCAUUUGACAAAGUGAAUUUGGUUUUCCCGCCCGUCGAGCUGUGCACGGAUAACGCUGCAAUGAUUGGAUGGACAGGCAUGGAAAUGUUUGAAGCUGGGUACAGGACAGAUCUUGGGUGUGGCCCUCUUCGAAAAUGGAGCAUGGACGGACAAAGUGAGGAUGGUGGCAUUCUGGGAGCAGGAGCUUGGGUCCUGCAGAAGCCUCCGCAUCUGUAA